GUUGGAUUAUACGUCAAGUGAAGUCUGUUUCUUGAUGACUAUGCAGCCAGUUUCCAGGGAAAAUGUUUCACGCCCCCGGAAACGUCAGAUUUUCCGGGGAGGAUAUAUUGAUUUUUAAUUCGUGCGCCACAACUAAAUUGCACAAACGAAACACCAUGAUUUCCGUAAUAAAGUUCAUGUUAAUUUACAACAUCUGCAUGACCAGCGCUGCUCUCUACCUGUGGAGCAACCACGAAAUAAACAUUUCGCCUUUGGAGCAAUUCAAUACCAAGGAAUUCCUAAAUGUUGUCGAACAACUAGGUAAACCUGUUGUUUACGUAUUCAAAAGCCCCACGCCUCUCUCCAAGAACAUUUUGCCUCUAGCAAGAGGUUCUCACUCAGUAUACAGCCCGAAUGCGGUCAUUGAAACGGCCAAUUUCACAGAACUUACCGGCAACGAAGAGGAUGAUUUAGAGAUCAUAAAAAACACAAUUUCCAACACCGAUGAUUUCAUAUCGGCUGUAACAAUUCCUUUGGAAAAUAACCGUUCUAAACGAGACAUCAAGGAAGAGGAGGACGCGAAAUCCGACGAUUCCGAGCUCGCCAGUUCAGCAAACCAGCCGGUUAUAUACAAAAAAUCGAAACUGGUAGACAACAAGAAAAUAUACGCUUUGCUGUACUCCUCCAAGCCGUUGCUGUUCAAAAAGAACGAUUCGUCGGAGUUGCAAUUGGGCAACGUCGAAGACGACAUGAUCAUAUACGACACGCGUCUGAACGUGAACAUCCCCAACGGUAGAGGGAAGAUAUCGCUGAGGUUCAACUUCGUCUGGCAGAAGGGCUACUGGUCGUUGAUGUCGGUGAAGAUCAGCGACACCGAAGACAAAUCCGACUACAAUUUGGUGCCCAAAGAGGAAAUCUUCGCUCCGGCGCGGUUCUCCUACCAUUGCAACGGCGAGACCAAGUUCUACGAUUCCACCACCGGGGCGGAAUUGAUCCUGUACGAUUUGCAAGUGCAAAUCGACUCGUCGAACGGGAAAUUCGAAUUCGUCAACGAUUGCGUACCAUUCACGACCGUUCCGAUUUGCUCCGGGAUUUUCAUCACGUUCCUCGCCGGCCUCGGCUUGGGCAUAUCCAUCAUGGCCCUCAUGGAUAUCAACACCAUGGACAAAUUCGACAACUACAAAACCAAGAAUUUGGCCAUUACCGUUAACGAGUAAUGGGCCUCUAUUUGAUGUUAUAAUCGGUGUUUACGCUUAUUGAUUAACCCAUCUUUCACCCAGCCCUGUGUGCAUAUCAUGAUGCCAUAUCGUGAUUUCUAUGUCUGUGAUUUUUAGAUGUUGAUUCAGAAAUAAAAUCCUCUAUGUAUACAAUAA